AUGGAAAGAUCCGUUUCUACGCGGCGCCAUGAAGCAUUUCCACUUUGCUGGCUUGUUACCGGUACGCAAUCAAAGGCCGAUGCCGAAAUCGUCAAUCGUGGCGAGGCAACAAGGCAAAACGGCAACAAGGCAAGGUUUGACUGUGCUACUGGUAUGAGCGAUCCACCAGGUAUUCACUCGUCACAAUCGCUCUGUGUCGAUAAAACAGCAGACAAUGAGACGACAGGGCAGACAGAGGAAACGGUUCCGACUUCUACAUGUUGCACGCAAACUGGAAAUGAUUCCCACGACAACUGGAAAGGUGUGGAAAUUCAGCAGUUAGAUACUCUUGGUGUUAGUGUCUAUCACCUCAAACACAACUUCUUGGAGGAGGAAGUCUUUGCUUCCAAGCAUAUCAAGACAGGCAACCCACUCUCUAGAUCCUCCAAGAUUUAUGACAUUGAGAACUUAAGAGGUCCUGCUGGUGUCAUCCGCAAGAAGGGGUCCAACACCAUUUGUCCCCUGGAUGGAAAAAUGGGUGCUGCAUACGUCCAUUGUCUACAAGGAGAGGAUCAUGUGGGAGAGGCAACUCAUAUGCUCAGUUAUUCAUGGGAUUAUUCAAUCGGAGAUGUUGUGGAUACGCUCUGUGAUUUUUGCCUCCAGAAUAAUCUUGAUCCCAAAAGGACUUACAUCUGGAUCUGCUGCCUCUGUGUCAAUCAACACAGGGUAGUCGAAAACGCUGCUCACCAAAUGACUGGUAUGAUAGCUGCCUCCCAAGUUGACUUCUUUUCAAUUUUUGGAGACCGAGUCAAGAGAAUUGGGCACCUGUUGUCAAUGAUGGCUCCCUGGAAAGCUCCAGUGGCUUUGACAAGAGUUUGGUGCAUUUUUGAAAUCUUUAUGGCCCACACUACCAAAGAAUGCAAGGUGGACAUUAUCAUGCCGCCAAAGGAGAAGGGUUCCCUGGAGCAGGAUGUCAUCACCAGUGGUGGUGGCAUAAAUGCACUAUAUGAGACUCUUGGGAAUACCAAAGUUGAGAAUGCCAAGGCGUCAGUAGAAAGUGACAGGCUAGCUAUUCUUAGCAGAGUGGACUCAGGUGUUGGAUUUCACGAGCUUAACAAUCAAGUGAAUGACUUGUUGCGUGGAUGGAUGCUGCAUGUCCUGCUUCAGCUAGUGGAGACAAGAGAAAACACCAAUAAUGAGGACUAUGUCAACUUCUGCAAUCAGGUUGGUGCUGUUCUUGAGAGGAAUGGAGAACAUGAUGCAGCCAUGAAACUCCACAGAGCAGCUCUCUCCAUUUGUGAAACCAAAUUGGGCGAGCACAAUGAGAGUACAGCCACAACCUACGUCAGCAUUGGGUGGGUAUUGUAUGCCAAGGGUGAAUACGAUGAUGCUUUGGCAAAGUUAAAGAAAGCCCUGGCCAUUCAAGAGGCUGCGCUGGGCGAGACGCAUCCUAGCGUGGCAACCAGCUUACAUAAGAUGGGUUGCGUGCAAUUGUCCCAGGGCUGCUAUGAAGGUGCUUUGGCAUACUUCCGAAAAGGUCUCCUCAUUAGGGAGUCAGUAUUGGGCAAGAAUCAUCCUGAUGUAGCAAGGAGCUACAACAAUAUCGGGAGUGUAUUGGAUGAAAUGGGUGACUAUGAAGGUGCCUUGGCCAAAUAUGAAGAGUCUCUUAAUAUCAAAGAGUCAGUAUUCGGCAAGAAUCAUCCCUCUUUGGCAAACACCUACAGCAAUGUUGGCAUGGUUCUUGAGGCAAAGGGUGACUUUGAAGGUGCACUCUCUAGGUACCAGCAAGCUCUUGUGAUUCGAGAGUCUGUACUAGGGAAAACUCACAGCGAUACUGCCAGCAGCUAUCACAACAUUGGUUCUGUUAUGGACGAGAUGGGUGACUUUGAUGGUGCCUUGUUGAUGUACCAGGAAGCUCUCGUUAUUCAGCAAUCAACACUAGGCCAGAGUCAUCCUUCAGUCGCAACUACUUACCACAAUUUGGGAGUUGUCCUGGAGAAGAUGGGUGACAAUGAAGGUGCUCUGGUAAAGUAUAUGGAUGCUCUGGCUAUCAAAGAGUCAGUCUUGGGCAAGAAUCAUCCGUCAGCUGCAAACACCUACAGCAACAUUGAUUCCUUGGUCAACAGGAAGAGUGAUACCGCUGGGUAG